AAUCAAAUAUAAGUGACAAAGAGGAACCACAGGAUGAAAUGAAUUCACAAAAUGAACUGGAUUCACAAUAUGAAAUAGAUUUGCAAGAUGAAAUAGAUUUGCAAGAUGAAAUGGAUUCGCAAAAUGAAAUGGAUUCUCAAGAUGAGAGUUAUUUGCAAGAUAAAAUGGAUUCACAAAAUGAAAUGGAUUCGCAAGAUGAAAUGGAUUCGCAAAAUGAAAUUGAUUCCCAAGAUGAGAAGGAGGAUGACAAUAGCGACAGUAAUAAUGAUAAUGUUAUAGAUGAAGAUCAGAUUGUUGACUCACUGAUAGGGAUUGAAGUUGAAGAUAAAAAGAAAUAUUGGUAUAGCAAUCUUUGGGCUGAGUUGCUAUUACUCGGCCAAGAUAAAAUAAUUAUUAACCAAG